AUUUUAACUAUUUUCCUCUCGAACGUAGCAUAGAGCAGGCGUGACUCGGUGAAAAAAGUCAAUUCUUUUGAAUUUGAACGGAAACUAUAAGCAAUAUUAACUCUACGAAAGCAAUAUUAACUGUACGAUUUUGUUCUCGCAACCGGAUCGGUGACUUAAUGACGAAUUAAUUCAAUAAAUUAAGGAUUUUGUGAUUUUUUUUAAAUAUUUUUAUUUUGGACGCUCUAUUGUAACAAUGGCCCAAUCAUCAACCACAGUUCGACCGAAAUUCGCCGCCGAAGGUCAACCGUUCACCGUUUUCAUUGAAGGCAACAUUGGCAGCGGAAAAACGACAUUCCUUAAUUACUUCAAAAAAUUCGACGAAGUGUGCCUUCAAGCUGAACCGGUUGAAAAGUGGCGCGAUGUUGCUGGAGUAAAUUUGCUGGAUUUAAUGUACAAAGAUCCGGAACGAUGGGCUAUGCCUUUCCAAACAUAUGUCACCCUGACAAUGCUACAAACACACACUUUGGCAACGGAGAAAAGUAUUAAAUUGAUGGAACGUUCUCUUUUCAGUGCAAGGUACUGUUUUGUCGAGAACAUGCUGACCAAUGGGGUUUUGCACCAGGGCAUGUACAAUGUGAUGCAGGAAUGGUACAAAUACAUUCGCGAAAAUGUUCACAUACAGGCUGACUUAAUUGUGUAUUUGCGUACAACGCCCGAGGUGGUCUAUGAACGGAUGAAAGCUCGUGCCCGGUCCGAGGAGAAAUGCAUUCCAUUCGAAUAUUUGAAACAGUUGCACGAGCUGCAUGAAAAUUGGUUGGUUCAUGGACAUCACGAAAGGCCAGCACCGGUUCUAAUGCUGGAUGCCGAUCUGCCGAUUGAGGACAUAACCAAAGAAUAUGAACGAUCUGAACAGAGUAUUCUUUCGAAGAAACCGAUACUGAUCGAGAAUACAAAUCAGCAAGCAUUGUACACAACACCAACAAAGCGACAGCGAACCAAUUGAUCCAAUUGAUUGAACGCGGGUACGAGAUGUAUUUUUAAGUGUAAGGUAGGAUUUUACUGAUUUUUUGUGGAAAUUGAAAUUAAAAAAAAUCUUGUGCAAAUAUGCCGGAUAUAGAAUUGUGUGCCUUUGCCAAAAAAUUUUUUUUUCCUUAUUGGAAGGUCAUUAAAUUUUCUCUGUUUAACCGAUUAUUAUCAUUAUUUGUACUUAGUUUAAAAUUUAUAGGCAAUUCAGAUAGCAAUAAACAAAAAUUGAAAG